AUGAAUCUUUUUGCACUUCUCGGAGUCCUGUUAAGCUUUCCCGUCCGGUCCUCCGCCCGGAUUGACUGGGCCUUUGCGGCGGAUUUUCACCAGCGAGUCCUGCAGGACAAGAACCCCGGGUUCGGCGUGAAUGAGCCGUUUAUUCCUUCGCCUGAACACAUCCUGCCGGAGAAGAAGCCGUUUGUCAUUGAUGAGAAGGUCAAUUACUAUGAGCAUUUCUUCAAUGGCUCCCGGAAUGGGGAAUAUCGACGCUCAUCGUGUCCGGCGAUCAACGCUUUGGCGAACAGGGGGUAUAUCAAUCGAAGUGGACGCAAUGUGUCUUAUACGGAGCUUGCUCAUGCUGUUCGAAGGGUGUGGAAUUUUGGUGAUGAUAAUGACGAUCUAGUUCAAUAUGUAGUCAACUGUCCCGCCGCACCGACACGCAAUGACCGUGCCGUGGGCGACAACGUCAACAUCAACAUGGCACUAUUCGAAUCUCUUCUAUCCUUCUCCAAAGACGGGGUGACAUUCACCCUAGAAGACCUGGCGGAGCACCACCACCUCCGACACAACCAGAGCAAGGCUGACAACCCGCAUUUCGUGUUUGGGAACCAAGGGGCGAUUUGCUCUCUGGCCCAAUAUACCAACAUGGUGGGUGUGUUGGGGCGGAAAGGCAAGCAUGGCUGGACGACGCUGUACGUGGAUGACGUGAAGACAUUCUACUUGGAUGAAGAUAUUCCUAAGACUUAUGAGCGGAGGGAGAUGGCGCAUUAUUCUCCCGAGUCAAACGCUUUUGUCGACCGCAUGACGCAUCAUGUUGGAUACGCUAUCCAGCGGCCUUUCCCUGAGGGAGACC